UGCUUCCGCCCUCUUCAAACAUGGUUGGCAAGCGCUCUCCGCACCGCGACUAUGGCUAUUCUUGCAUGUAGGAACUAUAUACUGAGUGCAUACCAAUCUCCUUUAGGGAAGUGUCGCGGGGGAGGAGAUCCCGCAGAGCAGCAAGGAGGACGAUCGGUUACCCCCGGUAGUAACAAGCGCGGACCGGAAGUUCCGUGUCUUCGCUGUCCGGGGGAGCCGUUAGGCGCGCACGCCGGAAGUGGCCAAUCAGCCGGUGUGAGGCGGUGCCCACUGAGUUCGUGUCCCACGGGCAGCAGAGCCAUGGAGCCCGGGGCUGCUGAGCUUUAUGACCAGGCCUUGCUGGGCAUCCUGCAGCACGUGGGCAAUGUCCAGGACUUUCUGCGCGUGCUCUUCGGCUUUCUUUAUCGCAAGACCGACUUCUACCGCCUGCUGCGCCACCCUUCGGACCGCAUGGGCUUCCCGCCCGGGGCCGCACAGGCCCUGGUGUUGCAGGUCUUUAAAACAUUUGAUCACAUGGCCCGCCAGGAUGAUGAGAGAAGGAAGAAGGAACUGGAAGAGAAAAUCAGAAAAAAGGAGGAAGAGGCCAAGGCAGUGACAGCUGCUACAGCUGAGAAGGAAGCUGUGCCAGUCCCAGUGCAGGAGGUGGAGAUCGAUGCUACUGCAGACUUGAGUGGGCCUCGGGAAGUAGAAAAGGAGGAGCCCCCAGGCCCCCAGGGCCCCGAGCACAAGGUGACCCAUGGCUUGGAGGAGGCAGAAGCUUCAGGAACAGUUAGCAGUGCUGCUGAAGGCCCUAAGGACCCUCCUGGUCUCCCCAGGAUUCAGGAGCAGUUUCAGAAAAAUCCUGACAGUUACAACGGUGCCAUCCGUGAGAACUACAUCUGGUCGCAAGACUACACUGACCUGGAGGUCAGGGUGCCAGUGCCCAAGCAUGUGGUGAAGGGGAAGCAGGUCUCUGUGGCCCUUAGCAGUGGUUCCAUCCGAGUGGCCAUGUUGGAAGAGAAUGGAGAGCGUGUCCUCAUGGAAGGGAAGCUCACUCACAAGAUCAACACUGAGAAUUCCCUCUGGAGCCUUGAGCCGGGCAGGUGUGUUUUGGUGAAUCUGAGCAAGGUUGGAGAGUACUGGUGGAGUGCCAUCCUGGAAGGAGAAGAACCCAUCGACAUUGACAAGAUCAAUAAGGAGCGCUCCAUGGCCACUGUGGAUGAGGAGGAACAGGCAGUCCUGGACAGACUCACCUUUGACUACCACCAGAAACUGCAGGGCAAGCCCCAGAGCCACGAGCUGAAAGUCCAUGAGAUGCUGAAGAAGGGGUGGGAUGCUGAAGGCUCUCCCUUCCGAGGCCAGCGAUUCGACCCGGCCAUGUUCAACAUCUCCCCAGGGGCUGUGCAGUUUUAAUGACCGGAAGUAAAGGAAACCCUCACCAUCGGGGAGAUGGAGACGUUGUCCUCCUCACUCCCUGCAUGCCAGGGACUCACUCCUCCUGAUCAGUCCUAGCCAUUUUUUUCUUUCAAGAUGAACCAGGCCUCCCAUGCUGACCUUCCACCUUCAGACUAUUCUAGAGAAGGUGCAGGGCCAGCUGCUGCUUGGCAGUGUCUAUGGCCAACACUAAAUGAAGGUGUUUGACAUGCAGGAGGGACAUGUCCCAGCCUACUGGUAGCACAUGUUCUGUCUCCACAGCAACCAAGCACUGCAGGCAGCAUUUCCUUUCUCCCCUGUUCUCUCUGCUUGCUGUUGUUUUGACGCUAUUCUGCUUGCUUGUCUUCUGAUUUGGGGAUAAGGAGUAGCUGGGCUCAGACAAAGCUAAGUUGAAUUGUGUGGGGCCAGGCACCUGCAUGAGGGCUAACAGGGCAUGGCUGUGGGGCUGCUAUGGGGUUCCCUCACUUGUUGACCUGUGUCUGUCCGUCUGUCUGUCUGUCUGUCCGUCUGUCUGUCUGUCUUUGUGUUUCUCUCUGUCUCUGUCUCUGUCUCUCUCUAUCUCUGUGUGUGUGUGUGUGUUCCAUCUUGCUCAUUUCUUUGUGAAUACACUUGCCUCAGUUUAUGGGCAGAGCAGCAGAAACUGGGGUCUGUUUGAGAUGUUGGGGGAAAGUCUGAGGUUCUGACCUCUGACUCAGGUGUGGCAAGGAUUCUGUCUGUCCCUUGACUGCAACUGCCUUGCUUCAAUUCUUGUUGAAGUGAACUAAGACUAGCCACUACUACUUACUCCCCACAAGACCUCUUCUUGGGGCAUGCUGCAUUGAAGCCUGGGUACCUUCAAGAAGAGAUCACAGCAUGUUGGUAGUUCAUUAGCAGAUCAUGUCAAUUACACUCCCUAAGGAGCUUUGACCCUGAAGAAUGCCUCAGGAAAAAAAAUGUAUGCACUAGCUUAAAGGCAACGACAAUUGGAGUCCAAGAAAAUGAAGAUUUCCCUGUGCCAAUCACUAGACUGCUUCCUGGAGCUCAGAGCCUGUAUGUCCGGGCCAGCCAGAGUGUGAAGACCUGACCGGAGGACCAGGACUCAGGUGUCCCAACACUUUACAGACUCUCUCUGUGCCGGUUGGUGCCCGGCAUCUCCAUUUGCCUGGUUCUCAGUCGUGUGUGUGUGUGUGUGUCUGUGUGUGUCUGUGUGUGUGUGUGUCUGUGUGUGUGUGUGUAUAUACAUGUCACAGCACUAAUUUCUGAAUUCUGGUAACCAACCAUACAAAUUGCAAGAAUUAAGACCCAUUGACACCAAGGCAGCCUGUUCUCUGGAAAUAGCCGUGCAUGGAGUGCCAUGUCCAUAUUCUUAGAAGGAGCCAUUGGAAGAGCAGAUUGUAGAACUUACUUAACUGUGUAGAUAGGAGCUGGUUCAUUGCAGUCAUUUAAGGGAUUUCUGGGUUACUUUUUAAAAGUCCAUACUGGGAGUUAAAUCUGUGGGCCCAGGUAGACCACGAUGGUGGUCAAGGGAGAGCAGUGGACCCCAAAUACCCACUCUGGAGUCUGAACUUGUGAUUGGACAUUGGUCACCAAGUUGAUGAAAUCUCCCUAAAGAGGUCACUAUCCAGGAGCAGAAUCUGUCACAUUCACAAGAUCCCCAGGACACUUUGCUGUUUGUUCCUGAAGUUUCCAUCAAGGUUGUGCACAUCCCUGUCCCAUGCAAGCUGUCUCACCUAAUGAAGGAAGUUUCGUGGUGUGUAUGUAUCUGCAGUCUUCUCUCUAGUCCUAGUUGCCUCCCUCUCAACCCUCAUCCUGCGGGCAGUCUUGCAGAAGGAAUAAUGACAUGGAGGAGCCCUGCAUCUUUUUAUUUAGGACAGUGCUUUUACUCUGUGUUGACUCAUCUUCAUCAUUGUAGCAUGGUUUUAUUUUCUGUGUUGUAUUUUUUCUUUGUCCCUGCCCUAUUUCAACAAACAAGCCUGUAUAGAAAAAAGCAGCCUGGGGGAUAUAGCAUUGGGUGUAGGCUGUGUGGCAGGAACCUGUGCUCUGUGACUGAUCCCUGUGGCAUGUUGUAGUGCAUGGUGUGGUGGUGGCUACUGUAUCUACAUGUCUCCAUCACAGUGAGGUUCAGUCCCAGCCAGCCAAGUAGAUAGUUCUUUGCCCUGAGGCACUGCCUGGUUUGCUCAGCCACUGAAGCUGGCACGUUGCCUGUUUUCUCUUUUUAGACACGACAGCCACAGUUUGGUCUCCAAGUCCCACCAGCUGAGGUCUGAGGAAAGCAGGGUGACUCUGUCCCCUUUGUCCAAAGACCCAAAGAGUGGGGUGUCCAACCUGCAAAGUCACUCUGGCUCCUCGGUGUUGGUUUGCAAUAAAUCUGUAUUUAAGCA